AUGGCAUCCGUUCAAGAUUCCAGAUAUGGCCAGAAAGAUACAUCUGACCAGAACUUUGAUUACAUGUUCAAACUGCUCAUUAUCGGCAACAGCAGUGUUGGAAAAACCUCCUUUUUGUUCCGAUAUGCUGAUGAUUCCUUUACAUCCGCAUUUGUAAGCACGGUUGGGAUCGAUUUCAAAGUAAAAACAGUUUUCAAAAAUGAAAAAAGAAUUAAGCUACAGAUUUGGGACACAGCAGGCCAGGAAAGGUACAGAACAAUUACUACAGCUUAUUACCGGGGUGCAAUGGGCUUCAUUUUAAUGUAUGACAUCACAAAUGAAGACUCCUUCAAUGCUGUGCAGGAUUGGUCAACUCAAAUCAAAACAUACUCUUGGGAUAACGCCCAGGUUAUUUUGGUUGGCAACAAAUGUGACAUGGAGGAUGAACGAGUGAUCUUCACUGAGAGGGGAAAACAUUUAGCAGAGCAACUUGGAUUUGAAUUUUUUGAAACAAGUGCCAAGGAAAACAUUAAUGUCAAGCAGACGUUUGAGCGACUUGUGGAUAUCAUCUGUGACAAAAUGUCAGAGAGCCUGGAGACGAAUCCCACCAUUGCUGCCAGCAACCAGAACACACAGCUAAAGGACACCCCUCCUCCACAGCAGCCCAACUGCAGCUGCUAAUGCAGCUAUCAGCAAAGGCAGCUCCAGCGUGUUCUAUUGCCAACAGAGUAUUUAUGAAUGGUCUAUAUGCCUUUAUUAAUACUGUCUUAUUAACUUAUUUGGCAGAACAGUCUUGUUUAACAUCAAGCUGUUUGGAUAUGCAUAUGGGGAUAGAGCAGUUUUUAGUCUGAGUCUGAUCCAUAUUUUAGAACCUGGCUUUUGCAUGCAGGGUAUAUAUUAACUUCUCUUUUCUUUUUACUGUUUUACGUCACACUUCAGCUGGUGCCAUGUCCUCAGACCAUGUUUGCCUAUAACUGUCUCUCACUUCGUCGGUUUCAAGCUAUAUAGUUGGAUCUUUAGGGUAGUGGUCAGGGUGUUUUGAGUUAGCUUCCUGAUGCCACUUGCAUAUUUUCCUGACUGAAAAUGAAUUUAGAAGCAUUCCUGUAGUGAGCCAAUCCCUCAUUCUGUCCAGAUCACUUGUACAAGGAGCAUUUCCUGAAGCACAUUGCCUUGGCAAACUGUGUUACACAUCCUGGCUGGCUGAAAACUGCAGAAAUUAGAAGGAAGUUAGAUCCUGGGCCCAAAGCCAUUAAAAUUCCUGGUGAAUUUCUGGCUGGAUGUGGAUAUUCAGUCCAGGCUCUCAGAGAUACUAAGUACUUCAUCCUGUUUGGAUAGCUAGCAUAUUUACUUUUACAUAGGGGCAUUAUGUCUAUCUAAAAAUUUUCUGAAACUGGACUUAAUUUCUCAUUCCAUCAUUAUGGAGAUCCCAGUUUUACCUGCCCCUGUAGUAGAAGGCUAGUUAGCUCUUUCUGUUUCUGCCUGCAUGAGACAUUAACCAUGCAGUCCUAUAUUAUGUCAGACAGGGCCAAAUCCAUUGUGUUUGGUUGUUCAUAGCCAAAAGCUGCCUUGUCACAUUGCUGUCAAACCUGCAUGCUUCAGUUUUCAGGAAUUUCCUCUCCCAUUCAAUCACUGAGACAGCUAUCACCACAGUGGCUACAAAUGUCUGUAUUUUAUUCAGACCUAUUGCAGAAAUGCUGAUGGUGUCAGUGAACUGAAGAUUGACCUCGUUCUUUUCCAUUUGUUUUGGCAAGAGAAUUGGUAUUUUUUAAUACCUUAGGAGUAAUAAAAAAUUGUCAACAUUUCUGAUCUUAGGCUGAAUGCAUUGAAAUGAUCAGCAAAAGACUGUGAAGAUAACAGAAUAAAGUACACAAAUUCUUUUAUGAUAAAGUGUUUAAAUAGUUAUAUUUCACAGUUUUUCACUCCUCUAGUAAUUGGUGGAAGUUUCUUACAUCUGUGUCUUGAAGUACUUUGUACAACUCUGUACUUGCAUUACAGUGACCUUUUUUAACUAAACAGCAUAAUUGAAGAAGCGCUGAU